AUGGCGAGAGCGGGAGUAAGACCUGGAAAGGUUCUGUCUUCUGGUCGACUGACUGGUCCUGUCAGAUUAACAAAUAAUAAAAAAAGGACUGCUGUAAGGAAAAUUUCUUCUUCUUCUGUGGAUUCAGGUUAUUCCUUAUAUUCCACAGACUCUGAAGACCAGGUUUUAGUAAUCAAUAAAGGAUUGGAUCGAUGUGCAGCUUUACUGCAAGACAUUCUUCAGAAUGAUGUGAAAGACACUGUACAACAGAAUUCAAACAAAACACCUAAAGUGAACAUCAUCAGGCCUACAGCUUCAAAAGUGAAAAAGAGCUUUCCGAGGAAGCCAACCACUUCAAAUCAUGUACACAAGGAUAUAGACGAUGGAGAAGCCUUGCGCCUGAUUACAGAACUGGAGCACAGUGUAUCACUGCUUCCAGCAGUAGUUGGAAGCACAAAUGUACAUGCUGAAAUAGCCCUUGCACUUCAACCUCUAAGGAGUGAAAAUGCCCAGCUGCGCAGGCGAUUAAGAAUAUUAAACCAACAGCUCAGAGAUCGAGAGAGAGCUGAAAAGGCUUUAAGAUCUGAUGAUCAGGACCUUGAAUUGACUUCUCUUCAGUCCAUGAAUGAGACCUUACAGCAUCAACUAGAGGAAUCUCACAGAGGACUGGAAUCUCUGCAGAGUAAAAAUGAAGAACUCUUGAAGAUUAUCGAUUCCCAGAAGGAAGAAAAUAGGAAGUUUGCUCGGAGGAUCCAGGAGAAGGAGCAGGAGCUGCUUCAAAUUCAUCAGCAGAAUGAUAUUGCAGCUACUAAAGCUAAGCUAGAUAUAGAUGAAACUUUGGGGAAGAUAAAAAGUGUUGAGUUUAAGUUGGAAGCUUCUGAAAAGGAAAACCAGAUUUUAGGAAUAACCUUGAGGCAGCGAGAUGCAGAAGUGAGCAGACUUCGUGAUCUUACCAGAACUCUGCAGAACAGUAUGGCAAAACUUCUCUCUGACCUAAGCAAAGACAGUUCAAAGUGUAUCUCUGGAAACAGUCUGACCAAGGCAGUGCUGGGAUGCUAUGAAAAACAGCUCCAGGAUGACCAGUGCCCUGCAAGUACAUCCAUAAUGAGUUACUUGAAGAAACUAGAGACAGACCAAGUGUUCCCUGGUGCCAGCACAGUUUUUUCUGAACAGUUUAUUCCUUCCAAAGCAGCCAGUAAAUGUGUGACUUCUGAACCCUCUGAAGACCUUGCUAUCAAUAAAGGUCCUGGAGUCUUGGAUAAAAAUGCAGGACAUCAAUCAUUUGCUGUUUGUAAUCAGUUGCCUCCUUACAGUCCACACAAACGCAAAACUGCAGCAGUGAGUGAUUCUGGCACUUUAAUAGGUGAUGAAUUCAAGCCUGAUGAGACGACCUAUCUUCCAUUAACAAGCAGCCCAUUUAAAGGCCAGUUUGUCACAUCUCAGAGGCAGGUGUGCACUCCUCCAAAAGCAGACACUGCUUCCAGAGCCUGUAAUCCUAAUUUAUCUCCUGCAAAAGUCAGUGAAGAUAAGGUCUCAGGGAAUUCACAAGCAUCUUCCGAUGGUGGACUUAAAACAGUGGGGCUUAAAGUUACUUCAGACUGGAGCAUCAGGCCACAUGAGGGAGUCUCCACCAGGGAGCAGUGCCCUAUAAAUGGGACUUCAACAAAUGUUCCGUCAGAAAUGUGUCCUAGUGUAAUACAACAAAUAAAGUCAAGUAAUUUUUCCUCAGUUGAUUUCAUGUCUGGGAAGUCAGACUGGAGCAUGUCUUCGUUUUCUACCUUUACCUCACAUGAUGAGCAGGACUUCAGAAACGGUCUUGCAGCACUGGAUGCCAAUAUUGCUAAAUUGCAGAGGACAUUGCAAAUGGAUAUUAUAAAGAAGUGAACUGUAUUUAUAGUAUGUGUGUGCACA